AUGCGCAGAUACACUGAGGUAGCAAGAAGAGUUAAAGGGGUAAGCCAUGAAUUCAUCAUUACCAAUUUACCCAAUUGCCUGAAGCCAGGUUACGUCUCAGAAUCCCUGUAUGCCAAGUUGCCUAAGACAAUGGACGAGUUGCAAGAAAAGAUGAACAAGUUCAUUAAAAUGGAGGAUCAACGGCAUUUUCGCCGAAAAACGGAUGUCGCCGCAACAGAGACCAAGCAGGAGGGGGGACGAUCACGGGAUAAAAGCCGUAAUCAUAAACCGUCACGAAAAUACACCCCGACCCCUUACAAUCCCCAGUACGAUCGGUGUGCCCCUCUUACGGCCUCAAGGGAAAAGGUGUUUGAAAAAGCCCUACAGGCCAACCUCAUUACCGCUACCAAACGGGGGACACCGGAUGCCGCAGACAGAGCCAAAGUUUGCAGAUAUCAUGGCAACCAGGGACACACCACAGAAGAUUGUCGAGUCCUCAAGGAUAGAAUUGAAAAGCUGAUUCGCGAGGGGCACUUACAAGAAUUUGUCCGAACGGAAACACGUCGACGAGACCGGUCGCCUAGAAAGAUAAGAAGAAGUCCCGAGCAUACAGGGAGAAAUACCGAACGCUCCAGAGAUCAAUCUCGUGAGCGCUCUCGCAGUAAACCCCGGAAGCGUGACCCCACUCCACGGGGACGGAUCGAUACUAUCUCCGGCGGUUUUGCGGGAGGAGGGGCCUCAUCCUCAGCUCGCAAAAGACACUUGAGAAGUUUACGGAGUGUUCAUAGCGUCACCCACUACCCCUUAUUGAUGCCGGACAUCAUCUUCACAGACAAAGAUUUUCAUGCCCCAGACCCCGAUCAAGACGAUCCGAUGGUUAUAACCGCUCGCAUAGCACAAUACGAUGUGAGUAAGGUUCUAGUGGAUCAGGGAAGUUCCGUCAACAUCCUAUAUUGGACUACCUUCCAAAAGAUGGGACUAUCAGAAGAUAUAAUAACACCCUUCGGAGAGCAAAUUGUUGGGUUUGCAGGAGAACGGGUAGAUACUCGAGGAUAUCUUGAUCUUAGAACCCGAUUAGGAACUGGUGACAGGGCCAAAGAACUCCGCACGCGGUUUUUAUUAGUAGAAGCCCAUACCUCAUAUAACGCCCUCAUAGGGCGGCCGUGUCUAAAUGCCUUUGGUGCUAUAGUUUCUACUCCUCACUUGGCGAUGAAAUUCCCUUCGGAGGACGGAAAGAUAUGUACCGUUCGGGCAGAUCAGAAAACCGCUCGGCAAUGUUACGCGGCUGCUUUGAAGGCUAAGCCAUAUUUUAAAGAAAAGCAGUCUGAAGCAAUACUGGUCGAUUUGGACCCUAGGACCAACACUGAUGAUUGCAUCCAACCCCAGGGGGAAACCAAACAGUUCAUCCUCGGCAAAAGUGCCGACCAAACCACCUCCAUUGGCGCUGGCCUGACGCCGGAACAGGAAAAAAACCUGACCACACUGUUGAAGUCAAACAGCAAAUUUUUUGCAUGGACCGCCUCUGACAUGCCAGGAAUUCACCCCAGUGUAAUCACUCACAAGCUAUCGAUAUUUCGCGAAGCCCGUCCGGUAGCUCAGAAAAAGCGGCGACUGGGUAACGACAAAAGGGAAGCCGUGCAGAACGAGGUAAACAAAAUAGUAAAGGCCGGGUUCGUCCGGGAAAUCCGGUACACCACUUGGCUCGCAAACGUUGUGAUGGUAAAGAAAGCAAACGGUCAGUGGCGAAUGUGCGUUGACUUUACCGAUCUCAAUAAAGCUUGUCCCAAGGAUAACUAUCCCCUUCCCAGUAUUGACCAGUUAGUAGACGGCGCUUCAGGGUACGCGGUCUUAAGCUUCCUAGAUGCCUACUCAGGAUACAACCAAAUCCCCAUGCACGUCCCAGACCAGGAGAAAACAACUUUCAUAAUUGAGCAUGCCAACUACUGCUAUGAGGUUAUGCCGUUCGGUCUAAAAAAUGUCGGCGCAACUUACCAACGGCUCAUGGACAAAGUCUUUCGGGAUCAAAUCGGGCGGUGUAUGGAGGUUUAUGUCAACGAUAUGGUGGUAAAAAGCUCUUCACACCAACAACAUUUGAGAGACCUAGCUGAAGUCUUUCAACAGCUCAAACUAUAUGACCUACGGUUGAAUCCUUUAAAAUGCACUUUUGGGGUACAGGCAGGUAAGUUCCUAGGUUUCUUGCUGACCAACCGAGGAAUAGAGGCCAACCCGGACAAAUGCCGGGCAAUUUUGGAGAUGCGGAGCCCAACGAAACUUAAGGAGGUCCAAUGUUUAGUCGGCCGCCUUACCGCCCUAUCACGGUUCAUUUCGAAGCUCUCAGACCAUAUCAAACUCAUAAUAAAGAACAUGAAGCAGAAUGUACCCCGGCACUGGGACGAUCAGUGCGAAGUUGCCUUCUCCACAAUAAAGAAAAUACUAACGUCUCCACCGGUGAUGGCGCGACCAACGGAAGGCUUUGAUUUGCAACUGUACCUGGCGGUCUCUAAUCAUUCGGUAAGCGCCGCCCUCAUUCAAGAAUCUCCAGUUCUUAAAUUAAUUUAUUUUGUUAGCAGAACUCUACAGGGAGCAGAAGAGCGAUAUUCCCAGGUGGAAAAAGUGGCCCUAGCUUUGAUUACUGCAGCUAGAAGACUCCGACCGUACUUCUAG